UGUCAGAGGAGCCGUGACGAAGCGUUUCCUAAACUUUCGACCAAAGAUGAGUCUUGGCCGAUUUCUUCUCAAAUCCGCGAUUCUUGUAUUCGUUUUUUCGCAUUCAUACGGGCAACAACCUUGCAACAACUGCUGUCAGAAGCCCAAUCACAAAGAGAUUGACAAUUCUCGGCGCAGCGUGGAGAGUAAGUGGAAAUCAGGUCAAGCUGCAUUGUGUGAUAAGGAUCUUGCAGAAGGAUGGUACCGCUUUACUAGCUUUGUUGGGGGACGAAUGCCGACCAAAAAAGUGAACAUAGACCGUUGUGGCACCCAAUCUCCAAUUUGGCUAGAUGGCACCACCGGUAACCAUCCCGCUAGUCCCAAUGAUCCUGUUGUUAGCAUCAGAGCCUGUGUUAACUUUCGUGAGAGGAGGAAAGGCUGUUUCUUUAAGUUCGACGUAAGCGUCAAGUGAUGCUCUGGAAAUCCUGACUUUUUCGUUUACUAUCUUAAACCAACUCCCCAAUGUGACUUUGCCUACUGCUCUGGUGAUGGUAAACCUUGUCCGUAUGGACAAAAGGGAACAUCGUUCGCAACAUGCAGCGCUGGACCACAGAAAUUAUCCAGCAUCUACUUGGGCCAUCCAGAGAUUAAAGUCAAGGAUUCUGAGGAAGAAAAAGUCUCUCUGCUCUGUGUAGUGCCUAUCGAUAAGACGAUAAGGACAUGGACGAAUGUGACAUAUGAAAUUGAAUGGUAUGCGGACGGAAAAAAGACAGACUUUACAGAAAAACCGUUCUGUGUGCCAGCAAAAGGAAAGAAAGAGUACAGUAAACCAUGCCCAGAUAAAGAAACAAUUCAUUCAGUUCUAAGUAGUAACCACUAUGAGCCUGGACAAUGGAUAACAUGCGAAGUUAAAGCAAGGUUCACUACCUUGGACACACAUCCUUGGUCUGAUAUUGUUGCGCCUGUAAAACCACUUUUCGCUGGCAUAAAGGUCACACCUUCAACACUUAUCAUCUCAGAAUGCAAGGAACCCUUUUAUCAGGAACUUACUUUAACACCUAUGAUUCCGGUGAGAAAAAAUCAACACGAUCGCUACCUUCACGUGAAAUUUUAUCUCCCUGAUGGACUGUGGUUAUUUAAUAAGGAAAAGUGCCUCGUUGAACUAAAAGAAACUACCCCAGUGACAGUUAAGAUUGGGGCCACCUGCACAGCCCUGUAUGGCUUGACAAAAACAGCGGUUAUUACUCCCUGGUUAACCAACCAUAAACAGAGUGAUUUCUGGGCAUACUUUGGCUUACCAACGGUCUGGGUGUAUGUAGUGCAGAAAGAUCAGCCAAUACACAAAUGCUUGAGUGUUACUGAUCCUCACUAUCGCAUGCUUGAUAAACAGAACGUUCUAAGAGAGAGAUGGCAUGAUUUCUUUGGCUUCGGAGAUUUUGUUCUCUAUCAUAACAAAGAAAAAGACUUUGAGGUACUUACAAGACAAUGGGCUUGCAAUAAUGCCAAAUCAAUAACAUGUAACUGUGGAGUUAUCAUCCGCGAUCACAACGAUCUCAUCAAAUUCAGCUGCUGCGGUAAUCCACGGAAAAAGUUUCGAGAUAGUACAACACCCAUAGUGGUUGACAUACCACGCGCAAAGUGCCUUGCGCCUGGGAUUACCUUACUUCAAGUAAUCCAAGGCAUCAACAGCAAAUACGAGGUUAUAGUGCCGUCCGGCAUAAAAGUGGUGUUGGAGAGAAACUCCUGGGGUAUUGAUGUUACUAUUUACACUCCACGCGCCAAGAAACGUGAAAAUGAAGACGGACUGUGUACAUAUGAGAGUCGCCAUGGGGAUUUUACCACGUUUGGAAACAAUCUCAAGAGACAGCCAAGCCACUUCGACCAACUUCCAUCUGAGAUCAACAAACAAGAUUCCCAACUUGAGCGCGCCUGCGCUUGUGAUGAGACCACACAAAAAAGGAACGAAACUAAAUGUGUGGAUGGUGUCCCAGCUUUCUGGUCACUUGCAGGAAUUGAUAAAUUCAACCGAAUAAAAAGGUGCGAUAAUGAUCCAAACAAAAGAGAUUUACAGUGGUCGGACGACUUAACAGAAGAGGAUUAUGAAUUGUUCUUGGAGCCUUUAGACUCCGAAGCUCAUAAGAGGCAAAGGCGAUCAGCUAAUGUGAUUUCAAAGGAGAAUGCAACUCGAUACUGUGCUGAGCGAUUGGCGGAAACAAAUGUUGGAAAGAUGUGUGCUAAAUUAGGAACAAAUGUCCAAGCGCUGGUUACCGUCUGCGCAUCUGAUAUUGAGUACACUGGAGACAUUUCCUUUGCAGUUGGUGCAGUUUCAAUGUUGAUGAAUGAAUGCAACGAUGUAAUCAUAGAAAACAUAACUGUUAAUUCCAACGACACUGGAAAUUUUACGGCUCCAAAGACGCCGAAGAUGCCUCCUACAAUGCAAAAGAUAGCUCAACUUCUUUGUCCCAACGACUGCACCUUUAACGGGAAAUGUGUCAAUGGCUCUUGCGUUUGUAAAAAGGACUAUACAGCUAAAGAUUGUUCUAUAUCGGUUUAUCAAAAACCCUUUAUUGCAAGGCUUCAAGGUAAUGGAUUGUGUGAUAGACGAAAACGACCGUGCAAGAAGGUUUCUGUACAAGGAACUGGUUUCCUAAACUCUACCAAUAUGACCUGCCAUAUCAAGGAAUUUGAGGUUGUAAACAGUUCUUGGAUACCAAACAAAAAUGAAACAAAAUACCCAGGAAUAAUGACAGACCUUGUUCUCGUGGAGUGCUUCUUGCCGGAUUCGCCUGUCUUAAGAACAACUUAUGAUGAAUACCAGGAAGGAACACCAGCUUCUGGACUGUUGAUAUCUGUAUCUAACAAUGGCAUCCAUCAAAGCGAGCGGGAACUUAGAUUAAUAUCCUACGAUUCGGUUUGUAUGGAGUGCAAUAUUUCCACGGGAUGCUCUCUGAAGAAUAACUCUUGCUUUAUCAAUCGUUAUUGCUUUUCGCUUAACGAGCCAAACCCAAAGGAUUGGUGUGAACAGUGCCUCCCUGAUGUUGGUACAAACAGGUGGUCUAAACGACAAGUAAAUCACCCACCCAAUGUCACGUCAACAAUCGUUUACUACGUGCUAUACGGAGAAAGUCUGGAACUGCCGAUAGAAGUAACAGAUCCUUAA